AAGUGGGCGUGCAUCCAUUAUCCAUUUCCGGGGUUAUACUCUUUCACUUGUAAGAAGAAAACAUACAUUAUACCUUUCAUUGUUCGUUCAUCACAUAUUUAUGAGACUAGACGUAAAAGAAAAAAAAACCCGAUUCAUGCCAAAAAUUUGAAUCAAAUAUCAUAUUGCUUUAGUUCAAGAUAUUUAUUGGAGUGGAAAAGACCUUUGACCGAUCUCAAUAUUUUUUUUCAUGAGAUCAUUCGCGAAGUGCUUCGGCGCGUGCAUGAUAUGCACCAAUGGUAUACGUGUACUAUUCGUACACACCUCUUCCAUGACAAAAUCUGGCUGUACCAUUCCGGCAUAUGAGGAAACCCACUACAAAUCGUGACAAAUUAAUAACAUUUCCGUUUUUCCUCUAUCAUUCAGAAGAGUAUAUAAUGCUAAUGGAUUGAUCGCCUGAAAGAGACAGCAAGACGGAUAGCUGAACUACCAGAUAAGGAAUUUGAUAUUUUGAUUACCGGCUCUGUCACCGACUUUCAGCCUCUGGUAUUUGAACAACAUCCCUGUGAUCCCCCGAAAGCACAGACUGUUUCUUGCCAUAUGGCUGCCACAGAUGAAACUGCAGGCAUCAGUGCUGGGGUAGAUGGCAAGACUACAGCACUUUCAGUUACUUCUGUCAAGAAUGCGUCUGCUGAAGAAAAAUCUGAUGUCCAAUUGAAACAUGCAGUGAAUGAUAAAUGUUUGAAUAAUGUAACCCCUCAAGAAAAGAAGGAAGAUGUCAGUCAUGUCACUGGCAAGAAGCAUGGAACACUAGCAAACAAGGACACUCAAGUUAAAAAUGAAAUUCAUCACAGCAAUGUUGAUAUUGGGGCUAACAUAUCAUUUGGAUUAGAACUGAGUGCAACUAGCAGUAUUGUGAACAAGCCAAAGGUAGAUGAAAAGAACAGUGUUAAAAACACCAAUUCAAAUAAAUUGCUUUCAACAAAGAAAAAAUCUUGUGACAGUACUCAAGGAAGUAAUGCAUCUGCUUCCAGCCCUUCCCCACAUACAAUAAACAAAUUGAUGAAUCGUGCUGUAGAUAUAGUUGAUGCUUCUGAAUUCCCAGAAAGUUCAACGUGUCCUAAACCUGAGUACAUUGACAGUGAGCGCCUUGACCAUUCUGAUGCCGUAGCUUUGAACUAUGUGUCAGGCAGUAGUGACUUUAGUCGCCGCAACCUGGGUAAUAAUGUCGUUGAGAAACCUGUGGAGCGGGAGAUGCAGCCUGUGAAACUGCAUGUAGAUAGCAGUAGGGAGCAAGAGGGACUAUGUAGCAGCAAGCUGCCAAAGAACUAUGGAAGCAUUGAAUCUCCUGAAACAUCUGCUGGUGUCAAUGCUGUUUCAUCUCCAGAGGAUGAAGUCUCUCCAACUGCAAGCAGUACAGCAGAAGUGCUUGGUGAUGGUAUUGGCUUAGGGGGUCCCGAAAUGGCAGAUGAACCCACCAAGAAGAAGAGAAAAAGGAAAAAGAAAAAGAAAGGAAAUACUGAAGCAGAUCCAGGUGGAACAGCCAACUCAUCUGAUCAUGAGAACAAAGCACUUACAUCACCGGGCACAUCUGGGGCAGAAGACAGUAAUAAAAUAACAGAUGCAGUCUCACAAUCUUCGUCCAAUUUAAAAACUCUGAAUGGACCCAGUGGAGCACCUUCUAAAUCAUCUGCACCUUCAACGAAGAAUAAGAAAACAGAAAACAAAAAUGACAAGAAACAGACAAAUAAUGCAAAGAAACUAGUGGAUUCAACUCUUGAAGACAACAAAGCCAUCAACAAAUCAGACAAGAGAGUUUCUUCUGGGAAGCCUGACCGGCCAAAAUCACUAGACAUGUCAGAUAAAGAUGAUGCUCUAAGGACUACACAUCAAUCUUCAAAUGAUAAAAAGCCUUUAAAUGAUAAGUUGGUUAAAUUAGAUGGUGAUAAAAGUGCUGCAAAGGAAGUCAAUACAUCUGAUAAUGAAUCAGAAAGUGGAAAUGAUGCAGGAAAAAGCAGCGAGGAUACAAGUAUAAAGGCAAGCCAAGAGAGCUCCAUGGACGAGAAUUUUCGUGAUGAAGAUGAAGCAAAUGGUAGUGAGUGGCAAACAUAUGGAAUAAAGAAGAGCAAGAGGAGGGCAUAUGCUGCAGAGGAUAGAUACAGUUUUAGACCUUCACCUGCAGAUAACCUCCGACGCUCUUAUUACAGUGGACCAUUUGAUCCUAAAUUACGUAAAUCCAGCAGUGAGCCAUCGGGCAUGUCCAAAUGGAUGGAUGUGAGCGAUAAUAGACCAGUACAUAGGCAUGCUUCCUUUUCCCGCCACCAUAAUCUGAGAGAGGAGUUUCACAGCUUAUCGCCUAGACCAGACAGUAUACCUACAGACGAGAGUGCUGAGAAACCUCCCCCACCAGUUUCUGCCAACUCUUAUGCAGCCAAACUUAAAGCUAAACCACCUGUUCCUCCUAGUGGGAGUGUUAAAAAAACCCAGGAAAAUCAGCUCAUUGUUGGAGAUCAGCAGGAAAGCAAAGCGGAUGAUAGUCCAUGUAAAACACUUUCAGUUUCUCUUACUUGUAGUGCAACAGAUGGCAGAGAACAGCAACAAGACCCUCCUUUGAUAAAGCCACCAGAAGUAAAGGACAAUUUUGAAACAAAGUCUUCUACAUCAUCUACUACUGGAGAAUUGGACAGUCAGACUGAUCUUAGUGAUAUUCCUGCCAAAGCAUAUGGUAGUGGUGUAGUUGGUGCUGCGACAGCUGCCAAAUCAGCAAGUCUCCCACGUGAUAUGGGCCGUAUACCGGAUGCCGAGUUGCCAAAACUGGACAAUACAAGUGCAGAUAAUGUUGUGCAAUAUCUUGACUUGCAAUGCUCCAAUGACACUUACGCAGCACGCCUUAAACAAAGCAUUAACAAGUCAACAGACACUAAAACACUGAGUAAAGUACUUAGCACCCAGCAGGAUACAUCAAAAGCUAGUGAUGAUAUGAAACCAGCUAGGGCAAGUAAACUAGAGAGCAGCCAUAAAGCUGUAAGCCUCGACUCUGCACCACCUGCUCCGGCAGUGGUGCCCAAGAAAUCAUCUAGUGCCAAUACUAAAGACAAGGACAGUAUGCGGACAGUCAAAUCUGAAACUAGCCUUAACUUGACGUCAGAGGGUACUCCUGUCAUCCAGGACAACUCCUUCCCUUUUGAAGCAGUGCCAGCUGAUAGCUUUGACAUUACGUUUGGUUCAGUGAAAUUCUGCGAGAGUGAUUUCGAACUGAUUGAUGAUGUGACGCAAAGCAACCAACAGCCAAAGGGUAAAUCUGAUUCCAAGCCUGUGCCUCAACCCUCUCCUGUCAAUAACCCAGAGAAUCAAACCAAUGCCAGCUCUCCAUCUCCACCUCCUAACCAGGUCAGUUGUGCUGAUCUGGAAAAGGCUUGGAUUUCCAAGAGUCCCCAGAACAUUGACAAAAGUGACAAUCACCAUAUCCGGAAGACUACUCCGGACAGUACCUCUACAGUGCCAUCAGUACCUGCAAGCCUUGCUGCCAUUCUUGCAAGUGGCAAUAAGAACAAUAUCCCUCAUACCACAGUGGGAGAGAAUAAUAACCUGAAGAAGAAGUCGAUGGAUCGAGAGCAAUAUUGGACAGCCAGAUUCAACCACUCGGAAUUGGCAGAUAUGCUUCAGAAAGAAUGGGAGAAGUUGAAUUUUGAGCUGACCAAGCAGUCAUCCAAGGUUGUGGUCUAUGAAGAAGAAUAGGACUUUCUAUGAGAUGUUGUCUUUAAAACAUAACGUAAUGAAUCUAAUGCAUGCUAUCAUGUGUCAUUGUUUGUGUGUAAAUUUUGUCCAAAUUCUUGAGAAAACAAACAUAAUAUUUUCUUCGUUCUUACAACUAUUUUGUCUGUUAUAUUUUUCACGUUUGCUUUAGUUUGAUACAUUGAUAUGUUAUGUUCUUGCAGUAUGAAUUUAAAUUGUGAUUUGUGUGAUCCAGUACAAUGAUCCAUGUGUGAAAGAAUAUAAACUUUCAAAAGUUGGUGUUUAGAAGCAUUGCAUACUAUUUGAUGCUGUUAUGAUUGAUCACAUAAAUCUUUGAAUACGGAAUAUUCCCCUAUGCUCUCGAGCAGUUGAUAUCAAUUUUUUUUCAAACUCAACAUGGACAUAGAAUCUGAGGGUUGUGAGAGAAGUAAGUUCUUUUCACAGAUGUAGCUCAGGGAGCAUUUAAUAAUAGGACUUGUUGGAUGUUUUAUAUGACAGGUCCUGUUUUAUCUGAUGGUUACCAUAGUUACCAUGCUACACAGCCAAUCAAAAUCAAGGAGAGUUGUCAGAUUUGACAACUUGUCGGAUGAAAAAUGUUGAUGAAAUGCUAUCUUGGCAUGCAGAUUUGCUUCAUGAAAGAAAUGUUGUCUAAUGUAUGACUGUUGAGGCAAAAAAAAAAUCUAUAAUGAGACUUGUAUUUAAGAGAAUGGGGACAUAUCCGUUUGUCAUCUCAGCAGUGUGUAGUCUGUAGCUUGCUAAGCAAAAAUCUCACAUAUUUCACCUGAAAUUUGAAAAUUUCAAAAUUCAAUGCUACAUGUAGAUUUACUUAAACUCGUUGGGAAUCAUCUUAAUGAAAGUUGGAUAUGUUUAUUCCCUCUUUCAUUAAACUUGUUCAAACAAUUGCUACAAUUAUUUUGCUUAUUUGCUCUGAGCCAAUCAAUAACAUGAUUUCAGUGAUGUAUGGCGGUAGCUUUUACACUCAUCUUUUAUCUUUUUAAAAAAGAUAAUGUAUAUUUGACUAGUACCCUGUUCAUAUGUCCAAUACAGCAUCAUUAUUGUAAAUAUUACUCAUAUAGGCAGUUUAAGGGUAAGCACUGUCAAAUCCCUGUCAAAUGUAUGCUAUUAAAAAAAAAACACAAAAUUUCUAGUUAUCCUGGCAUUCAUACUGUUCCCCGCUUACCGGGGGACGGUCAGUCAUUCUUUUUAUGAUUGAGUGUUCACAUGUGCCCCAAUCUUCAGGGGACAGGUCAUGGCUGACUGCCAUGCAUGUGGAAGCAGUUCAUUGUUUCCGCAUUUUGUGCUGCGCCCCAUCGGAAUGUCGCACUGAAUGGCAUAGUUCAGUGGAAUAUCGCCUAUCCUUCCAUUAACCAGGGGGAAAAAUUGGGAAACAAAGCAUUUUUCUCUUGAGCGUUCAGACUGAGUUUUUUUGGAGAUGUCCCGGUAAGUGCGAGAUAGUUUGAACACAGUGAUUAUAGUAUUUUGACUGGAGUAUCUGAAUGAGUCAGCCAGAAUGCUGCAAUAAAAUACAGAAAUUUUAUGUGUUCCUAUUUACAAUGUGGCAUAUGUGAACAGGGUAUGAUUAUAGUUUGGACAAUGAAGAGGGUGGUAGUUGCCCUGCUCUGAAUACAGCUUGAUGUUUUUGCUAAAAGUAUUGCUUUGUAUAUUUUUUUGAGAUAUUAUUUUUAUUCAUCCGAGAAGGAUUUUCAUGAAAAAAAUUACAAUUUAUCUUAAAGUGUAAAAUCUAAUAAAAUAAUAAUUGUGGUAAUAAGGGCAGUAGACCGUUUAUAGUUUAUUUAAUAUUAAGUAAUGAAUUGGGAUCAAAUCCCAAUUCAAGAUUUCCUAAUUCUUGAUUCUACAUACAAAUUUUAAAUUCAUUAUAAUUUGUUCAAAUUUAGAUUAUUUUUUAAUGUUAGGGGUUUCAGAAGUAUAUGAUUCUCUUAGAUAUUGCGGGCUCAAGUGCAAGUGACCUUUUUAUGUACAUUUUGUUUCAGAUUUUGUAUGAAAAUUUGUUUGUUUUGAUUAUGUUGUGUUUUUGACAUCACUUUGUUAAAUGCCAAAGAAAUCUUCCUUUUGGUUUUGAGAUAAAUGGCCCAAGGUCCUUUUGAGUAUGACCCAAACGAGGCCAGUAAUUUUACAGCAAGUAGCAGGUCUUUGCAUAAGUAGGAAUCAGAUAUAAGCUAUCAAACAUCAGUACAAUGUGAGAUGUAGUCUUUGACAUGUUGAGAAGUGCCACUUUGGUUACGUCCUAGUUAUAGCCAGUCAUAGCCAGUCGUAUAACCAUUGCAAAGGUGCUGACGAAGUGCUUUCCUUGUACAACUGUUGCUUGUUCUAAAGAUGGAAAAUUUUAUAUUGUGAACUACAGUAUUUUGAUACACAUCCUCCACCUACACAUGUCUCCAUCUUGUGUUUUGGCAGAAUAGAAUAUGAUUUUUCUCCUGCCAAAUUCAUCAAUUUUCUGAACUUGCUGAUUAAAAUGGGAUGCUUCAUGGAUAUUUAAUCAGGUCGGUGAAUGAAGGGAGCCACUUCCCCUGAUAAUGUCCUUUUUAAAGGAUGUUUGUAAUGUGUAAAUGGAUUGCAGAUGAAAGCCACAAACAUCCAUAGCAUGUUCUGUGUGAUCUGCUGACUAAUAUAGGAUAAAUGAAAACAAAUAAGAAGAGAUGUGUAUUAUACAUUCACCUUUUAAUGAUCAAAGGCAUUCUCAUGAAGAAAAGUCUAAAAUUAAGAAAUGAUGUGGGAAAACAAGUGAUAGGGUAGAUAUAACAGCAGUCUUUGAAAAUCUUCUGAACUGAUGGCAUGAAUGGAGAUUCCAGAAUGCCUCUCUAUUUCUAGAUAGAUUGUUGGGUAAAAGCAAUUUUUGUCACUUUUGGUAUUAUCUUGUUGGUUCCUUUCUUCAGAUCUCUUCAUUGUCAAGAAGAUUGGGUUAUGUUUCUGGAGAUUGCAUAAUAAAAUAUAUCUUGUGAUUUGGUGUGUCGAGCAGGUCAUGUCAUAUCUGGGAGCUUGUGUCGUUAUUCUUCCUAUGACAUCACCAAUAGUACCAUGUGACUAAUGUGUCUCAAAGGUUGUGUCACAUCUAUAAGGUUACAUUAUGUCACAUUUCUUCACUUCACAUCAUCACAGAACUCAUGUGACUUGGGUUUUCUAGAAGGUGAUGUCACAAUUGUUCAUCUCUCACCCUCAAAAGACCUCUUCUGUUCUUGCUGCUUCCUAUCUCAAGAUGCUGUCUUAUUAAAACCCACUGGGAUCAUUGUGAUUUUUAAUAUAUUGUAUGGAUUUCCUUUCCUGUCUGUUAGAUCCAAUGUACAUGUAUUUCUAUUUUAUUUCUCUUUGAAAGAAAGUACUAAAAGUAGGUUGCACACUCAUGUAUAUAGAUAUAUGAAGAAGGAGGAUUAGCUUUGACUUGCGAUACUUUUGCAUUAUGCAACUGGCAGAUUGCGUGAAGGAAAGAGAGCUUUUGUAGUAUUGGAGGAAAAAUUUGGUUGAGAAAUAGAUUUUUGUUGUGGAGAGAAAGAUAAUGUAAUAUGCAACAAAAAGAAGAAGCAAUUUUAGCUUUUUGUAUCAUAGAAUCUUAUCUUCUAACAUGUUGCAAUAUGUUGUGUAAAUUGUACAUGUUUUCUUGUGAACACCUGUACAGGUUCAUCUGCACCCAAUGGAUGUUAAAUCAGAGACAGUGAUGAUAAACAUUGGGUGUGAAAAUUGUAGAAUUAUAAAACAAAGUGUUGAGAGAAGUGUGUGAUCAGAGAGGGGUUUGGAAAAAAAAAAUAUUUUUGUACAGUGUAAGCUUUACAUGUGUUAUCACAAAAAGGCGAAGAAGCAGAAAAUAAGCAAACUGUUUAUUGAUAAUUUGCAAAAGAAGAAUAAGUUAAUCUCUAUAAAUUAAUUACUUAAAGUUGUAAAAGGAAAAAGUUUAGUUAUAUAGUUAUGAAGUUUACCAGGGGUUUGAAAAACUUACUUUUAUUUUGAGGAUAUGUUUCUUUUCUUGACAAAUUUUUCUUAGAUAUGAGGCAUGAAAAUGUAAGGUUUGAAAAAAAAAAUGAAAAAAAUAUUUUGCUGGCAUAAUUGCAUGUCUUGCAUCCCUAUUCUUUAUUUUGUGCAUAUAUGUAAGGCAUUGACUAGCAUUUACAAAGAUCUUAUUUAAAAAAGAAAAUACUUAAUUUGGAUUCAUGUUGUAUUUAAUAUUGUUCAUAUGACUAAAAUUUCACACAGAAAAAAAGCUAUAUCGGGAAUAAUGUUGAUCUUUUUUAUUUUGAAAUUCCGCUCUCGCAGCGGUUGAUUCAAGCAGUGACUAUGACAGUACAUGUACAUGGUUCCAGAGAGUUAGCAUGACACUUGGCUAAAAAAAUAUAUAUUUAGUCAAGCUCAAUGGUAAUUGUAAUUUGAUGUUACAAUAUUAGGACAAAGCUCUGAUGUCUAUACAACUGAGAAUCUAGUCCUAAAAUAUUGUGAAUCUUGUCAAAGUUUGAUUACCAUGGUUUUUUUUUCUUUUCAAAGAGGCUUAAGACACUAACAAUGUACGUUGGAAUUUCUCGCCCCAAAUAUGCAUAUUCCAGGCAUUAGCUAUGACUGGAUACCUUUUAAUUCCUGGAUUAGAUGGUGGCUAAUGUGUAUUCUUGCUUUGCUCAAAGGCCUCAAUGGGAUUUGAAAUUUGGAAAUAAUUGUUCAUAGGUCCUUAACUACUACAUGUAAGCUGCACACAGGUUAUAAGUUCCUCCUUCCCCCAAGUUUGGGAAGAAAUUGCUUGUAAAUUAGUGCAUCAUGUUCAUUUGAUACAAAGGUAAAGAUUAAGUACAAAUGAAAAAUCAACUAUACAGUGCAAUUGGUUACUGGUCAGUCUUAUGAACAAGACGUACACCUCCAUAGUUCAUGAAAUCAUGGACCUAUUACGUGAUGAAAUCAACAAAAUAUGUCAUAUGUAUAAACAUACUGUGCUUUAUUUGCCUUAAUAAUAUGUUUGAGGAGAUUUGUUUCUAAUAAGGUCUCUAUGAAUUUUUACUAGUGAACGCUGUGAUAUAGCCAAUGAGAUGGAGUUGGAAGAAACCUUGCAAGAUGACAAUGAUCACAAAAUUAGUGCUAGUUACACAUGUGAAUAUACUGAUAAUAGGGUAAA